UAAUCAUUAAAAAUCAUUCGCAUACCCAUUUUCGUUCUUAUGCUAAUUUGUCAGCGCUGGAUGUUUGGCACAUUUUCUUGGUUACAAAAACGAGUCAGUUCGUAUAUGUUGGGAGUAACCGCCAGUAACGUUCUGUGUCAUGGAGAUUCUCAUUAUGGACUGCAAGUGUUCAUCAUUGAGACGACUCCUGUGUGAUGUUUUGUUAAUCUUCAUCACAACAAAAAAAAACCAGCUGCUCACACAUAUAUGUGCUACCCAAUAUGCUCAAGGUUCGAGCCGAAUGUAAACGAAGCUGGGGCAUCUCUUCGGGAAUGAAACAGGUGAACUGUGCAGGCCCAAACUGUGUCGUACUUUGGUGUCUUUUGUGUAUAUGUAUAUAUAUAUAUAUGUAUAUAUAUAUAUGUGUGUGUGUGUAUUUAUUUAUUUAACAAUUACGAUUCAAAAAUUAAAUAAUAAAAUGAUAAAUUUUACAAAAUGUAAAAAUUAAGCACAACUAGGUUGGCCCCACACUUUUAUUUUUUAUUAUAUGUGGCCUAUAUGUAUCACUUCGUUAAAAACUAUUGAGAACCACUGCUGACGAACCAGUUGCAUGCAUUUAAUGAUAUCACUGACCUACUGCCCGUGUAGGCGCUACAAAACGUGCUUCAUACACACGCAAGAAUGUAAGAUAUGUGUGUUACCGUUAAAUGUGUCCUGACCAACUUGUCAAUAAGGGUUCGUGACCGAAUGGAAGUUACGAAUCAUGGGGGGGGGGGUGGGGGGGGGGAAUAUUAACAGUAUAACAUAGGAGGGUGGGGCAGUUGGGUUCCCGAAAAAACGAGCAAGGGGGUGGGGGUGAGGGUACGGUGGGCACCAAUAUAAAUCUAAUUCUUGAAAUUUCUAUAUAGGCCUACCUUAUUUUAAUGUAUUAUUACAGUAUAUCUUUAUAUUUUUUUUAUUUGCCUCCCUCCCGUAAAAUUCGCCACUGCUUUUUAACCACUAGGGAAUAUCACGUAGCCUUGCGCACUCGGAUAAAUUUAGGUGCACACUUUUUCUGUAUACCUUUCAACGUGUAUAACAUAAUAUUUGAUAAAGGGGUUCCUCCUGAGUUUCCCAUUGAUUUUUCAACACAUGGGUGUAAAUCUACGACAGUUGAUACACUAUAAUACAGUCGAUACAGUCAAUAAGAAGGCCUACGCCUACACGUUCACCUUAUAAGCUUAUGCUUAGGAGUUCUCUCCCGGCCCCACUCUUGUUCCCCAAUCCAUUAACCAAACCAUACAUCAGUGUGAUUAUGAAGACAAGUUGAAGUUGACUUGCUGUGUCUAAUGAUGAAUGAUUGGGUGCUAAUUGAAUUAUGAAACCUUUUUUUUUUUUUUUUUUUUUUUUUUUAAUGAAAAUUUAAGACCAAUAAAUUUUGGUCCUGGAACUUUUGUGAAGAUAAAAUGGAAUUUAAGCGAUUUUUAUUAGGGUGAGUAGACCUAUUGCAUAAUUUGAGCCCAUUUAUAUAGUGGUAUUUGAAUAUAGUAGCUAAUGAAAGCACGUGGAUCAGUUGCACUGUUAAAAGAAGGAAAACUUAAAAUUAAAUCAAUUUGAAUAAAAAAUCUCAAACUUUGACUGAAACUUUACCACACCUCUGGCCACUGUCAUCUCUUGAAACCUAAAAAAAAACAAAACAAAAAAACUAAGCAUCAAUUUACCUUGCCCCAAAGGAAGAGGUUCCCCGCCAGCCAUAAGCCCCAAGAUUAUUUGGCUAAUGUUGAUAAAGGCUUAUACAGGACAUUGGAGAGAAUUUAUGUGCCCGUUUUUUGGCCCCUAGAAAUUUCAUAAUAAUUUUAACAAUCGUAAAUGUAUUUAAAGAUUCACCCUUGCGGCCCGAAUGAUUGCCUUGGCCUUGAUCCAAUGACUCGGCUCCCGGUCUAUUUACUCUAUUAAAUAAAUAUAUAUAUAUAUAUAUAUAUAUAUAUAUAUAAUAUAUAUAUAUAUAUAUAUAUAAGUUCUAUAUAUAUAUAUAUAUUAUAUAUAUAGGUCCUAUAUAUAUAUAUAUAUACAGGGUGGGCCAAAAAAUGUGAAAACAUCUCGUAAAAUAUUACGCUACGAAAUGUUCUCACUUUUAUUGGCCCACCCUGUAUACUGUAUAUAUAUAUAUAUAUAUAUAUAUAUAGAGAGAGAGAGAGAGAGAGAGAGUCAUUUAUGAGUAGAAGAAUGUGGCCUUAUCUAUAGUUUUGUGACUGAUCCAAUGUAACAAAAUUAUUAUGAAUCAAAUGUUUGAGCCCCAUUGUCCACAAAUCGUUCCAUUUUCAAGCCAACUUUAUUGUAUUUUACUUUAAUUAUGUCAUGUCACAUCGCUCCCGAAAUGGUGGUCUGCGAACCAGGGCCCGCGAGUUUUACGUUGCAGGUGUGAACGUUGAUAUUUUUGGUCAAAUAAAAAAGAAAAUAUUAUUAAUAAAUCUGGCACCGGUCGCUGGUGCAAUUUCGAAACUUGCCCAACGGUCCGCCAAACUUUAACGCUUAGAAAAUGCUGACAUAGGUAACAAUGAAUGAAUACUUUUCGCUUGUUUUUGUUUAAUUUAUUAUAUUUGCUUUUCUUUUUAAAAUCUCAUUGUAUUAUAUGCAAUAUGACGUUUACAUUAUUCCCGUGCAUAAUGCUUUCGAUGCAAACAUCAAAAGAGCUCCAUAUGACAUAAUGGACCACACACAAUUUUUUUUUUUAAAUUGAGAAACGCUUCUCGCUACCACCACGUCCAUAAGCAAUCUACUCGCUAUUUUUGUCAGUGUCACAAAGAACACGUCAGCGAACAGUAUGCAACCGCAGACGAAUCUUUCAUCAGGCGUUGACGAAUUACUGUAACGUAGCAGAUUCAUGAAGUUGUCAAGUCGUAUUGAUUUAUUUUAGAUGCAUUUUAAAUUUUACAAAAUAAUGAUUUAAUGUGUAAAAUGUAUAAAUUUUCCCAUUUUUUAAGAAAUUGAAUUUUUUAAAUUGUGAUAUUAGGUAAUUUAUGAUAUAUAAAAUAGUUUAUUUUUUAAAAUAAAUACAGUAACGGCUCCAUAAAUAGUAACGACAUUACGAUCCACAAGUCACGUGUGAAAGACGUCACGAGAGUACCAGCCAAUCAGAUAGCACCACAUCAGCGCUGUCCAGACACCAAAAGGAAGCUAACAGGACAACAGGAAAAUGACCUGAUAUUGGCUUAAAAUUAUUUUUUAACGCCAAGGAAGGCAUUCUAGGUACACCCUGUAAAUUGAAAACACACAAAGACUUUGAAAUGUCUACGAUCACAUCAAAUACGAUUGUAAUUACCGCUUACCCCGGUAAACACGGUACGAUCAACAUGUCUAGUAAUGCAGAGUACUCGCUUCUCGACACGGUCGACUUCGACAGUGAUGAUAGUAGCAAUUCCAGUGGAACUGGAGGACCGAAAAAGCGGCGACGGUUGACACAUUUAUCACCCGAUGAAAAACUGCUGAGAAGGUAGGCAAUCCGUUUGAUAUAUUUAAUUUUUAAAAUUUUAAGGCUAUUGAUUUAAAUACAUUGAGGUUAAUUUAUUGUUUUUUUUUAAAAUAGUUUUAUUCACAUCCCCUUUCUUAUGUUUCCAUUGACAAUAUUAAUAUUAAUUGACUAUUGUCAUUGUAAGUUAAAGUUAAUGUAAGUGUAAGCCUAUGUGAAGUAAGCCUAUGUCACUAUGCAUAUAUAUUAUGUAUUAUUAAGUAUAAUUAGGGCCAGUAAGCUGGUUACGUGGCGUCCGCCCUUAACUAACGCCCAAGAUAUGCCGGAAGUAAAUUCUUAUAAAUAUACUUGUACCUUAAUAGUUCCAUAGUGAUAAGAGCUUGAACAAUAUUUAUUAAUGUGAAAAUAUAUAAGGCAACAAAUUAAAUUACAAUGGGCCCAAAAACUGAGUGAGAGUGAAUGUAACUUGGCCCAAUCCUAAGGAAUAGCAUUUCAUUUUACAUUUACAUCACAAUUGAUUAAAUAGCACUUAAUUUCAAUGUCAGUUUUAAGUGACUUUCACUUUCAUUUUGUCACAAAAGUAAAUAAGUAUAAGAAUCAAGAAACCUAGCUAUAUCACUUCUUUCAUUUACUAAUAUUACUAAUCCAAUAAUUUUCUGCAGGAAAUUGAAAAAUCGUGUGGCAGCUCAAACGGCAAGAGACAGAAAGAAAGCUUUAAUGGCAGAAUUAGAAGAAAAAGUAGCACAGCUUGAAGAGGAAAACAAACUUUUAAAAAGACAGAACUACACAUUAAAGGAAGCCUCAAGUACACUUGCAAAAGAGAAUGCAGCUCUUAAAUCUCGCCUAAGUGAUAGCCCACUGCCCGCCAUCAAGACAGAAUCUGAUACCUCUAGGUACGUUUUAGAGGGUGAUUACAUUUUUAUAUCAAUAGGCAUGACACAAUAUUUGAUAACUAAGCAACGCAUAUUUUGUGACCAUGCCCCGAAACAAUCAAAAUUCAUUGUAUGUCUUUUUUUAAAGUUAACUACGCUACAGAUAUUUAAAAUGUAACCAUGAUGAAUUUCUUUUAACUUUUUAUAUAUAUUUGUAAUAGGUCCGCAGCACCUAUUGUUCCUCUGCAGAAGGAGCAGGUACAGAUUCUGUCUCGGUGGAUGGUUCAGUACUUCACAUUGGUGAUAACCCUGAGGUUGGUAUAUCUAUGUUUGACAAUUUUAUUUUUAUUUUGGGUGUUGUUUUGUUUUUUUUCUCUUUCAUUGAAGCUAAUACAUGGAACCUAAAAAUUUGUAAAAUUAUGGUCUUAAUUGUCAAGCUAUUCGGGUGAAAUAAGGAAAUAAUUUGAAUUUAAAUUAACAUUAGCUUUUGAAAAUAAUUUUCCUACAUAGUAAAUUUAACAAAUUUAAAUUUUUCUUUACAGCCUGAUGAUUUCCUCUGCCUUUUGCAAGAAUAUACAGAAGACAGGGAAUGUGAGAAAGAGAAAGCAACCACACCCGUCUCGCAGAGUGUCUGUGGAGGAAAUCUCCCAGUCAAAAGCUACAGAGCCAACUGCGGAAGUGCCACACCUCGAGUGGUGGGGCUCUCAUCAGCGGAGCUGGAAUCCCUCAACGAAUUGAUUCAGAUAGACCAUGUCUAUGUAAAACCUCAGCCCUUAAACCAAAAUGGAGGGAAGGAGGUGCAGCAAAAGUCUAGCGCUGCUCUUUUGAAGCAGGAAACUAAAGGCAGCAUCAUACCCCCACUAAACAAACAGUUUGUUAUUUUGUCAGGGUCGAAAAGAAACAUUGCUGGUGAGAUUGUGGGUUCUCAUGAUCAGUUUACAGCUCUAAAUCCAGCUACACCAGUAGCCAACACUGAAUCUGACUAUAGCAGAGUAAGCUUUACGUCUGCCACCACAAUACCAUCAACAUUAUCGCAGAUAUCCAUACCCUCGCCACUCAGUGUACACAGUGAAUCUGAUGACUUCAUCAGCACCCUCUCGGACUCUGAUAUGGAAACCUCCUUGAACUUUUUUGAAGAUUUUGAUUUGAAUUUGAUAGACUCAACCAGUACACAUUCUGAGGUCGUCCAGCCCUCCAGUGAAGAGACAAACUCAUUCUUUAGUCUCUCACAAAACACAAAAUCAGACACGGGUCUGACAGAAACAGAAAGUGACCUAAACCCAACAAAACUAUUUGAUGAGAUUUAUGAACAUUAUUUAAGUAUAAAAGAUUCUUCAGUGUCUUCCCCUGAAUCCACAGCCCAAAGUGACUCUGGCAUCAGUAGUGACACUGAACCCCUGUCUCCAAACAGCAGUGAUGGUGACUCAUUUAAUGACAAUCUCUUGUGGCAAGAUACCAGCUUUGCUGAUUUGUUUCCUGACCUUCAGUAACAAAAAGAAAUAUGCCAAUAUACUUUUUUUUUUGUUCAUAAUGUAUUGUAAUUCCAUUGGUGUGGAUUGUAAUCCAUGUACCAUCAAAGUCCCAUGCACCAAAAAUUAAACAAUAGGGAUAUUUUUAAGCUUCUUUAAUACAAGUUUUUAACUAUAAAUGAGGUAUUAUGUGUCAUUUGGUAGCAAGUAAAUUUCUUUACCAUAAGUUGGUAUAUUAAUUUAAAUAUACCUGAUAAAGGGUAUUGAAAAAAAAAAUUUAAUAGUCAUUCUCUUUAAAAAAAAAAUAAUAUGGAUAUUCUCUACCUACAAAGAAAGAAUGUGAUAUUUAAGUUCACCUAUUUGGAAAAAACAACACUAAUGUUUUAGUAAUGUGACUUGAUGGAAUUAUGAUAUGCAGCUUUUCAAAUGUAAAUUGUAAAAUGUGUUGGCAAGCCAAUUAGUGCUACUAAUGAAGCAUUUUUGGCUUGCCUCACAUAUAUUCAUUUGUGUGUUUUGAUGUCCCAACUCAUGGCUGUGUAUAUACUAAUGCUGUCCUCAUUUCCCUCCACUGUUGAUGGAUUUGUGACUUGUCACAAAGCCAAUUUCAAUAAUAAAUAGGUUAAAGGGCACAUGCUAGAGUUGUUCAGUGUUUUCUAAAACCAUGUCUAAUUUUAAGCAUUUACCUGCCUUAAAGUUAAAGAAACUGAAUGGUCUUUAACCUUUUAGGAGGCAGAGGUACUUCCUCUUGCAUCUCCUGAACGGGCACCACUUCUCCGGUUUUUAGUAGGAUUUAGGGUUACCUUUGUAUAAAAAUCAAAUCUAAGGUGUUAUAAAGGAAAAUGAAUGCAGAAUUAUAAUUUUACUCAUGUUGCCAUUAAUCCUCAUUUGAACACAAAUAUUUGCAAAAAACAAAACAUAUUGUUUGUGAUUGUGAGUCAUGACCUAUUAACUAUUUACAAACACUGCCACAAAAUCAAAGUUUGUAAAAUUCAACACUGCUUACUAAGCCGAUUUCACUAAUAAUAUUAAUAUCUAGUUCCAAUUUACAAUCAAUUUGUGCACUUAAAUUGAAUCCAGCGAAAUCUCCGCUAUCACUUGAAUAAUCGUCAAAAUCCAUUUCGAACAAAAAAUA